AUGUCAGACAAUAACAAGACUGACAAUGAUAAUAUAAACAACAAUUCAGAUGAGGAUAACUUAAGUCAUACUAUAACAUAUUCAUUAGAAUCAUUAAAUAGACAGCAUUAUCAAGAAGAUCACUCACAACAGUCCCAACCUGAACAUAUACAGGGUUCAGAUAGACCGAUAAGCAGGGCAUUACAUCAGCUGGAAUUGGAAAAUGCUAUAGGAAAUGUAUUUGAUCAAUUUGAUUUUCAAAGUAUAAGCAAUCAUACUGGAUUUGAAGAGGGAAAUAAUAAUGAUGAUGAUACUAAUAUACGACACAAUGAACAGCAAGGACACCAACCGGAAGAGUCGGAGACUAGUGAUGAUCGAAUGGAUGUGGAUGAGGUGGAGCAUAAUAAAGAAGGUGAAGAUAAUGAUGAUGAUGAUGAUAUGGAUUUAGAUGAUGCCAUUGGGGAUGCAUUCAAUGAUGUUUUCAACCAAACUGAAGCUGAUACAAUUGAAGAUAGUAAUGUUCAAAGCAGAGACACAGAUACAUCUCAAAUACAACAAGAAAGCAGUGAAGAUAGGCAAGCCUCAGAAAAGGAACAUUCAGAACACCUCGAGGAUGACUUGGAGGGUGCAAUAGGAGAUGCAUUCGGAGAGGUUUUCAACCAAGCAACAACUCAUCAGAAUCGCAAUAUUGAAGAUAAUAAGGAGGAUAACAGUGAUAUUGCAUCAAAACCAUCAGAUACUGUCGUAUCUGAAAAUAAUGACACAACAAUAGCGAAAGAAUUAUCAUCGACAAUACCGUCUAAAGAGAAUCACAGAGAUAAUGAAUUGGAGGAUGCAAUAGGAGAAGCACUAGGAGAUGUUUUCAACCAUGAAGUAGAAGUAAGCAAGGAAAGUCAUGGGCACAUACCGUCAACCAAAGAGAAAUCGGAAGAUGAAUUGGAAGAUGCAAUUGGAGAUGCUUUCAAUGAAGCCAUACAACCUGAAAGUCAAGGAAAUGAGAACAAAGAGGUACAGGCAGAUGUUCAAGCUAGUAAACUGGAACCGGAAGAUAAUCUUGAAGACGCAAUCGGUGAAGCUUUCAGUAAUGUGUUUCAACAAGUGGAGUCAACAAGUAAAGACAUCAGUGCCGACAAGGCUGAAAAACAAAAAACGGAUGAAAACCUAGAAGAUGCAAUUGGUGAAGCUUUUAACAAUGUUUUUGUUCAAGAAGAAGCAGUAAACAAAGAAGUGCAACAAAAGGAAAAUGAACAACUACAGUCUAACGAACCCGUGCAGGAAGGAAUCAUUGAAGAUAAGAAUGUAGAUACUGUUAACAAUGUUAUGAAGCAACUGAAUGCUGAAGAAGAUGUCGGAGAGAAGGAUGAAUCACAGCAACCUGGAACAGAACAAUCAGAAGAGAACCUAGAAGAUGCAAUAGGUGAAGCAUUUAAUAAUGUUUUUGAACAACAAAAACAAGAUGAUGAAAAUAAGUCAGAACAAGAAAAAGAUGUGAUACCGUCUACUCAAGAGAAAUCGGAAGAAAACCUAGAAGAUGCAAUCGGCGAAGCUUUCAAUAAUGUUUUUAAUAAGGAAUCAAUUGAAAGUAACCAGUCACAUAAUGAGCCUGUCUCCGAAGCAGAAAAAGAAGAGAGCUUGAAUGAUGCAAUUGGGGAUGCGUUUACAGAAGUUUUGCAAAAACAACAAUCAGAUACAGUUAAGGAGAACGACAAAGUUGUCGAGAAUCGCGAGGAUCUACUAGCAAAACCGGAAGAAGAAGAUGAAGAUAAUUUAGAAGAUGCAAUUGGUGAUGCAUUUAAGAAUAUUUUUGGGAAACUGACAGAGAAUCUAACUGAAAGUAAAGAAGAUGUGGCAAGAGAAGUAGUUCAAGAAACCACAAUUAUAGAGAAGGAAACUGAAGAACCGACCGCCAGUCAUGAAGAGGAACAAGAUAUUUUAGAAUCGUCUAUUGGCGACGCUCUCAAGUCUUCAUUUGAACAAAAAGUGGUUGAAGCUGUAUCGGCUGCAAAUAAAGACGUGACAGCUAGUGAUAAUUCUCAACUCGAAACUGAAGCCAGUCUAGAAGGUGCUAUUGACGAUGCCUUCAAGAAUGCUUUUGCAAAAGAAGUACCUGCCACCGAAGUUCCAGAGAAAGAAGAGAUCAAAGAACCAGAGGAUGAGUUAUCUGAAGCAAUUGGAAGUGCGUUGUCGGAUUUAAUUCAAAAAGGAGAUAUGGAACCUACAAAAGGAAUGGAAGUAGAAACCCAAACAACUCAAAAGGAUGCCACAGAAGAGGAUCUAGAUGAAGCUAUCGGCAAUGCUUUUGAAAACUUAUUGGCAAGUGAAAGAACCAAAACAACACAGACCGACAAAAAACUCGAACCAACUCAGCAUGAUGAUGAUAUGGAUUUAGAAGAUGCAAUCGGAGAUGCAUUCAAGAGUAUUUUGCCACCUGAACCAGAGAAAACACAAGUUAUUGAAAGAGAGAAGUCCUUACCACUCCCAGCAGAAGAAGUUGAUAACGAAUUAGAGAAUGCGAUUGGAGAUGCAUUUAAGUCUAUAUCUGGAUUAGUACAAGAAAAGAAAUCACAAGGAGUGGAUGACGAAGAAUUGGACCAGAUGAUAUCGGCAUCAUUUCAACAAGUAUUUGGGGGCUCAUCAAAUCAGGGACCAGUCUCAGGUUCGAUCAACAAAGAUCAGGAAGAUAUACAAAUGGAAGGUGCAAUUGCUGAAGCAUUCAUGUCUGCCAUGCAAACAUCAACGAAAGCUCAUGAAAAAUCUAGACCACAACCGCAACGACCUAAGGUUUCUGCUAAGACGUUAGCAGCACAGGCUGCUGCUGCGAAAGCAAUAAGAGAUAAUGCGAUUCAUAAUUUGGCUGUUAAAAUAUCUCAUCAAGUGCAGGAUCAUUUGAAUGACGAUAAAGCAUUUGCUCCAUUGCCUUUUGUUUCUGGUUUGCCACAAAUAGAUGAAGGUGUCUUGGAUUAUUUUCAGAAUGAAGCAAACAAAGAGAAUGAUAAACCAUCCAGUUCUGCCAAUGCCAAUGUGCCAAGUAAUUCUCAACUUCAGGCGGCUAUUACAAGUGCUGUGAAAACUGCUAUAGAUGCUGUAUCUGCACCACAAGGAAGAAGACCAAGUACGCAAGAUAAUACAGUUGCUGAUGUGGAACAAUUGCAAAUGAAUGAUAUUCUUCAAAAUGCAUUUAAAAUGGCUUUGGAAAAUCCACAAGAAUUGAUUUCUGAUUUAGAAAUAGAUAGUUCAAUCAAAACCGUGCUCCCGCCAGUUCAACCACCGCAACUUCCUCCUGCAGUUUCCAAGCCUAGUUUACCAAAGCUGAAAGUUUCAAAAGCAAAAGCAGGAAUCAAGCCACCGAUUAGAUUUCAAAAGCCCGUUGAAUCUAUGUCGACUAAGAAAGCUACUACUCCAGAACCAGUGUCUACAUUGGGCAGUCAAGUUUCAAGCACGAUAUCCAAUUUGCAACAAUCAUUGAAGCGUCCAACUGCGUCCAUCAGGCCAUCGAAGAUAGGAAGGUUACCAGCUGCCGAGAGACCAAAACCACAGAAAAAGAAAGAUCUUUCAAUAGCAAGCUCGUUGGCAAUCCAACGAUCUCUUAUAUCAGGACCGAGGAAGGAUUAUUCAGCUAUUGAAUCGAUGGAGGAUGCAGUGAAAUCAGAUAGAACAUCAAGAUUUUCCAAGCCAUUAAGUUCACAAAUUUCUAGCGUUAUUCAAUCAUUGACUUCAAGAAUCAGUAGUGGGGAAAUUUCAGAUACUAGUAUUCUUACUGCAAUCAGAGAGAUGACUGAUGCUUUAUCAUCUGGUGGGAAUUUAUCUUCAUUUUUACAUAAACCUAUGGUCGCGGAAGAAAUUAUAAGUGGUUAUAAAGCUGAAAAGGAUAGAAAUUCAAUGGUUCAUACUUUGAGUUUGGCGAAGAAGUUUGUUGAUUCUCAACCAAAGAAUAAUUUGGAGAAUGUGAAAGCAUCAACUAUGAUCGAAGAUGCAUUAGAGCAAUUCAAGAGAUAUACCACGGUAGAUCAAAUACAGUCCGAGGCUCCCAAAGAAUCAAGCUCGCUGUCAACAUCUCAACCGGGUGAACAGUCACAGGUAAAUACAAACAAGACAUUCAUUGAGAAACAGAAAGUCACAUUAUCAGCAACACAAUCAGAUUUUAUAUCAUCCAUUACCAAUUCUGUUAUUGAAACAAUUGUGAAGUAUUCUCCAGAGUCAAGAUUUAGUUCUGAAACUUUGGCAGCAGUAGCAAGACUUAAAGCUCAAGCUCAGACUCCCGAACAUAUGAAGAAGCUUAGAUUUGAAAAUCGUGAACGUAAACAGAAAUGGAGAGAAGAAAAUCAAGAAAGAAAUAAAGAUAAUGACUUGAGACAGCGUGUAUUGAAAAAAGCAACAGCUAUAUUUGGAGAGAUAGAUUCUCCUGAAAAGGCAGCCUGGGCGGAGCGGGAAUUUGAAAUGAGGAAGCAGAAACGUAUUGAUCGUCAAAAGAAGGAAGAGAAAGAGAAACAUGAACAAGAUGCAAAGCCAACAAAAUCAACUCCAAUUGAAGACGAACCAGAAACAAAAACAAUCAGUGAAGAUGAAGAAGAGAAAAAUAGGAUAAAGGAUACAGAUACGAUAGCUCAAGAUCCGGCAUUUUUUAAACCCAUAAAUGAUCUUUUCCAUAUUUUCUCGGGUUCUAGAAUAGCCGAUGAUUCGCAAGCUAUGCUUGUAGCCACAGCUGCUGCUACUUCUACUGCUGCUUCAUUAUAUUGGCAAAAUCACCGUGAGGCUGGUUUCAGGCUGGUGGAUUCAGCUAUUACUACCGUAUUAAGACGAUUGAUGGAUGAUUUGAACAAGAAGGGUAGCUUCAAAUAUACCAAAACUAGGAUUCCUCUCAAGAAAGCUACUCCACCUUCGUCACCUGCUGAGGAUAUUAUGAAGAGAUAUUCAUUGCUGAGUUCAUUUUAUGACCUAGAUAUUAAAGAUAAACGUGCUGCUGAUAAUGUUUUAGGUGGUGAUUAUAAGAGAUAUAAAACUACUGAAGAAAUGGAGCGUGAAUCCAGGGCGAGAAUUGCUGCAAGUUAUGAUCAAAUUAGAAAUUCUAUGGUUGGUCCAAGAACAAGUUGGGGAUCUUUGAAUUCAUUAAAGAUGCCACAAUACAAAAAGGCAACAACUGAAAAGUUCGCUGAACCCGAGGAGAAAUCUCCUAUGAAAGUGCCUAAAGAAUCUCCAUUUAUAUCGAAUAAAGUACCACUUAGUACCAAUACUGUGAAUCAGCAACAAACUAGUGGUUCUGGUUUGAGAAAGCCUGGAAGUUUUCAGAAACCAGAUGCUAAGAAUGAGAAACCUAGAGGUACUAGUUUAGGAUUCCCGAGAUUAUAUUCAGCUUCAUUUACAAAUUAA